AUGAUACAAUCUUUGAUCCCAUCUCUCUUAGUAGCUUUAUCUACUACUCAACUCAUUCAUACCCUCCAACUUCCAGUCAUUCGUGAAUUUAAUCCUGCUCAAAUCAAUCACCAUAUCCGCAGGAAUUUACCUCCUACUCCUCAGCCUAUCACUCCAACGAAUUCUUCGAGUUUACCUUCUUCAACUUCUGUUGGUGGGACUAUCUUGAAUCCGGCUCCGAGUUCGAAUUCAUCUCAAACCAACUUGGUACCAAAAACCAAUGAAGUUUUGAAAACUUAUCCAAACCCAUGUGAUGGAUUACCACUUACUCCUCAAACUUGGACAAAAUUAGACUUAGAUCAAUAUUUGCUUUCAUAUCCAAAUGGACAAAACCUUUCAGUUCAAGAUUAUGCUUUCUCUCAUCAUGCUCAAAACUUUAUUUGUGGAAUCGGUGAAGGUUGCCAUGCAGGACAACUUUGUAACCCAGUCACGGCACCGGAUUGGUAUGUCUUAUACGCAGCACAAGAAUGGAAUUCAUUACAAAAUUCGAUUUACACUGCUAUUGGAUUCGCUGUUUCAAUGGUACAAGCCACAGCUGCCGCUUUAGUUACAGACCUCUUUGAACCUCAGCAUCAUUCGCUCUUGUUUCACUUACAAGACUUAUUUGUCUUGAUGAGUGGAAUCGCUUUUACAGUAGCUCUUGGAGCAUUACUUUUGACUGAAGGUACAGCUGUGAUCAUUGCUGCAACCGUAGUUGGAGCUUUGAUGGCUGGUACUUCUAGUGCUUUAAUGGGUGUUAAUUUAUUGAACAGUUGGGAUACCGUUCCUGAUGGAUUCACCAGAUGGUCAAAUUACGCUUAUUACCUUUCUCAAUGGCAAUCCAAAGUUCAAGAUCAACUUUCGAAUGCAACUACUAGUAUCAUCCAAGCUGGUAUCUCUUCCGAAUCAGGUUUAUUUGGUGCUUUGAAAGGUGGUGCAUUUUUGAGUGGAAUUCAAGUUCGAUCGACUUCUGAAGUUGAAGAGGAGAUUAAACAGACUAGUACUGCUAGAAUUCUUGUUGAUAUUCUUCGAGCACAGGGAGCCUAUGUUACCUACGGCAAAGAUAAGUGCGAUGGAAAAGGACCAGGUGGAGCUUGGGGAGGUGAUGAUCAUCUCUCAUUUUGCAAAGACGGAACCAUGAUGAAUAUCGUCAAAGCUAAGAAGAACAAAACUGGAAACAAAUGGUUCAAUGCUGAUUUGAUUUCCAAGAAGUAUGGAUUCUCAACUGAGUAUCUUGUCACUCAAUCUUGGGAAUGCCAAAAGAAAUACAAAGGAUUCAGCUAUGAUCCUUACCGUAACGGAUCUCUUCCAUUAGAUAUCAAUGCUGAAUGUAUUGUUAACUUGCCGGUUUGCGAUUGCACUGAUCCAAUCAUCAAACAUGCCCUUUCCAAAGGUGCAACUACUACCAGUGCAUGUCGUGAAGCUGGAAAAUUACCAAUUUGA